GAAAGAAAGGUGAAAAUGGCGGAAGAAGAUUCAAGCAGAAUUCAAAAAGGAAAUGGCGAAAUUGAGAAAGAAGAAGAAGAAGAAGACGAUUAUAUGGGGGAUUUGUCUCAUUUUCUUCCCCCUGAACCAUCUAACUCUUCGAAAUUAUCUAUCAAAAAGAUUCCUAACAUCAAUCCUUUGAGUUCCCAACCAUUCAAGAAAAGGUCCAAAAAGUUGAACUGGCAAGAACAGCGUAAGCUUGAACGGGAGAGAAAGCAGCUAGUUGAGGACGAGCAAACCUUAGCAAAAAUAGAUGCUCCAAUUCCUCAAUCUAACAUUGGCUUCAAGUUGUUAAAGCAAAUGGGUUACACCCCGGGCUCAGCACUUGGAAAGGAGGGCUCAGGUCGAGCUGAGCCAGUGGGGCUUGACAUUCGGAGGUCUCGAGCAGGGAUUGGACGGGAUGACCCACUUAAGGAGAAAAGAAAAAGAGAGGAGAUUGAGUUUGAGAGAAAAAGGAAGAAUGAGGAGGCUUUGAUGGAAGAAUUUGGUUCCCGGCAAAAGUCACAGUGGCAUAGUCGGAGAGUUGUUGUAAAUUACAAGAAGGCAAAGGCUGCCCUUGAUCAACUUGAGAAUAAAGAAAUUGUUGUGCCAAAGAAGAAUGAUGAAGAAGAGGAGGAACAAGAUGAAGAGGAGGAGGAAGAAGUAGUAACAGAAGAGGAUUUACAAGAUAUAUUGAUGAAAUUGAGAGAGGAAUAUCAGUACUGCCUAUUCUGUGGAUUUCAAUAUGAAUCGAUGGAAGCACUUUUGUCCAGCUGCCCUGGAACCAAUGAAGAUGACCACUAGAGUGGACCAGAGUUUGUUCAUUCAGACUGUCUGAGAAAUUUGUGUUUUAACCGAGUCAUAGUGAAGGCAUUCCACCCACACUCUGAGAUGUUCGAGUUUGCUGCUAAUGGAGUUUGUGGAAGCAGGUAAUUUUCCGGCAUGCUAGUUGCUUUUUAAAGUCAACAUGAAUCAAAAGCUGGGUACCGAUGGAUCGGUUAAACAGCUACAAACAGAGGAUCUUUCUUUAUCGUUAACCAGGGACUACAAACACAGGAUAUAUAGAGGGAUAGGAUC